UUGGGUUGUUUCCAUGUCUUGGCUAUUGUGAAUGGAGCUGCAGUGAACGUAGGGGUGCAUGGAUCUUUUUCAGGGAAAGUUUUGUGUGGAUAUAUGCCCAAGAGUUCAAUUGCUGGGUCACACGAUCGUUCCCUGUUGAGUUUUCUGCGGUAGCCCCAAACUAUUUUCCAUGGUGGUUGUGCCACUCUAUAAUCCCACCUACAGUGUAGGAGGGUCCAUUUACUCCAUACCCUCUCCAGCAUUUGUUAUUUGUGGAUUAUUAAUGAUGGCCAUUCUGACCGCUGUGAAGUGAGUGGUACCUCAUAGUAGUUUUGAUUCACAGUGUCUUUCGAUGCACCCUUUAAGAAAAUUUCAUGAAGUCCAGUUUGCCUCAUUUUCCCUUUGUUCUCUGAACCUUUGGUGUUAUUUCGUGAUGAGUAUGUUAGAGAAUGUAGUAGACGAGGUGGCCUCUAUGUAUCAACAGGGGGAAAUGUUGGCAAAGAGGUGACUACCCUGAAAAAGAGCCUAAUGGAAAUUCCAGAAAUAAAAAACCAUGUCUGGACUGCAGCAUGAAUUGGAUGAGCUUAACGCCAGAGGAAAGAAUCUGUGAAACUGAAACAGCAAAAUGUAAAUGACCCAAACCGAAGCACAGUGAGGGAAAAUGCAGUGAGUUUAAGAAUGAGUUUAAGAAAAGACCCCAGAGGAGUUCCUGUGGUGGCAAAGUGGUUAACGAAUCCGACUAGGAACCAUGAGGUUGCGGCUUCGAUCCCUGGCCUCGCUCAGUGGGUUAAGGAUCCGGCGUUGCCAUGAGCUGUGGUGUAGGUUGCAGACAAGUCUCGGAUCCCGUGUUGCUGUGGCUCUGGCAUAGGCCGGCGGCUGCAGCUCCGAUUGGACCCCUAGCCUGGGAACCUCCAUAUGCCACGAGAGUGGCUCAAGAAAUGGCAAAAAGACAAAAAAAAAAAGACACGAGAGGUUUGUGGGACAAUGUCAAUGGGUCCACUGAUUGCAUGACUCAAUUCUCAGAAACUGAGGAACGAGGGAACAAAAUAAUACUUGAAGGGAUGAAUGGUUAGGAAUGUUCCCCAACUGAUGAAAAAUACCCAUCCACAAACCUCAGAAGCUCAUUGAAUCCCAGUGAAGACAGAUACAAAGACAAUCUUGCCCUGGACAGCACAGCAAAACUGCUGAAAAGCCAAAAAUUAUAAACACCAAAGCACAAGAGCAGCUAUAGAAAAAUGGGUUCAGGAGAAAGAAUUCUCAGAAACACAGGAGACCAAAUGGCAAAACCCAGCCUCUUCAGAGGAGGAAAGAAAAAACACGUCUACCCAGAACCUUACGUCCUGCACAAACACCCUUCAAUAAUGAGCCGAAGAAAGACAUACUCAGCCAAGAGUCCGUUCCCAUUUGACCCACAUAAAUGCUACGAGGAGAUCUUCGGAGAAGGGAGCUCAGGAGGGGAAGGACAAACGUGUGGCUAAGUGUACAGGCUUAGCAGAUUUCCAGGCGGAUGGAGAGACAUUCUCUGACAGCUGAAAGCUAAGGCUCAGCCUCUAGAGGAUCACAGAGAAGGAGGCUUGUUGUGAAACUGAGUCAGAAGGAUGCUCUUAUAGCAGACUUUCAAGACAACCCUUAGCCCGGGAUAACAACCAGAGGAUGACUGGCCUGAGAACUUGGUAUUCCAGAAAGCAGAAUUCAGGUACACAAGAGAUCAUGAUUCCCUUGAUUCCUCCUCACCCUUUUCACACUCUCUACCUCUUUCUCCCACUCCCUCUCAGCUUCUCUCUCUCUCUCUCUCUCUCUCUCUCUCUCUCUCUCUCUCUCUCUCUCUCUCCCCCUCUCUCUCUCCCUCUCCCCCUCCCUCCCUCCCUCCCUCUCUCUCUCUCUCGGUGCCCAGGGGCAGAGACAACAAUCCGGCCUAAGCAAUCUGGACUCAAGUUGGUAGGGUCAGUAUUUUGGCGGCCAGGGCUUAAUCUGGUUGUGUCAUUGUUUGAAGACUGUCAUUCUCAAGAAUCACACAAACCCUGACAGGACUGGAAGGUCGGUCUUAGGGAAAAUGCCUGAAGUUAGGAUUUACCCAUGGGGCCCAUAUUUUACCCAGUAAGCCAUGUGCUAGAAACGUUUCAAUUGGGAGGACACGCUAGGUGGAGUACCUAUGUCUCUGUCUUGGGGUAUGGCUCCUGGGUGCUCCACACACCACGAACUCACAUCCAAGGCAGGAAGAGGCAUCCCUUCAGAGAAUGUGGCCAGAGGGAACUGAGUGGCUGGAGGCCCGCAUGAACGGGUGGUCAGGAAGGAAGGGUCUGGAGACCAGGGAGCAUGAGAGGCUGGCUGGUCCACGGAGUUGGCCCUUGAUGGCUCAGGAUGGCCUCCAGUGAAUCACCUGUGAGUGAGGUCUUCUUCUCUGCUCAGGGUGGAGGGGAACAAGUCAAUGGAGGAAGAGAGUUAGCUUUGGGAUGAAAGGCCCAAGGCCAUGCGUGAGGGCCAGGAAGACUGGUGGUCUUUCCCUAGCAAAACGUCUUCUUGGUUUCACGACAGUUUCUACAGGCACCUUUCAGAAACAUCUACAAAAAGAAACACACUAGUGCCUAUGGGCACUCACAGAGACACACGAGGCCAGGUCCACCACACUCACUGCAGUUCGGUCUUGGGUCGUGAGGCAGCAAAGCACGGGUUCAGUGUGGGAGGAAAGAACAUGUAUUUCAAAGAUUUCCAAGACAGGGAUCAGAUCCAUUAGAGUCUCCUGACCUGGUAGUAACAGGGACGUGUCCUCCCUCUGAAGGCUCAGGAAAGGAGAAGUUGCCAGGCAAGAUGGGAUUUUUAUUAUGGCCAUCUGGGUUGAAGAGAUACUGAGAGAGGGCAUAUUGCAGUGGAUCGUUGUGCAUUUUGAAACAGUCCUGUCCCCUUUAGAGACCUGAGGCAAGGAACCUUCAUCAGGCAGCAGCCACAGCAAAGAGGAGGAGAGAUCGAGUGAGCAGGAGACAGAGCAGUGACAGAGAGGGGCAGGGAGGCGGCAACACAGACACAGGCAUCAACAGGUAGAUGGAGAGAAUCAGAGCCAGAGACAGAAAGACCGACAGAGAAUCUGGCAGGAUGGAUGGGAAGGGUGACGAUGAAGAAAAUAAGCGGGGGGAGGAAGAAGGGGAGAAAAACUAUUAGCGAUCUCAUGCGUACAUUGGGAAUGCAAACAUUGUCUCCUCCUCUGUCAUCAUUGGUCUUGAGUUUUGACACCAGGAAGGGGACUAACAAAAGGAACGAUAUCUUCACGGAGGCGGCUUGUAUAUUCUGGAACUGUACCUUCUAUGGGGAGACCCGGCCCUUGGGUUCAUAGCUUGUUCCCCUGGGGGCUGAAUGGACUUGGGUCAUAAGGGAAGUUUGUGAUACUUCCAUCAGGCGUGGUUCGCCCUAGCUCGCUAUGUGCUGCUUCUCCCCGUUUUUGAAAAGAAGGCAUCUUCAUGCCACAUCAGGCUUCGCCUCAAAGGAGAACACAUUUGGAGUGCCUUUCAAGUGAUGCAAACUCCCUGUACCAAACCAGUGCACAGAGUUCAUUGGGCAGCACUUUGGCUCAUUUUCCUAGGUAUAGGACAGGCCUAGAUGGGAAAAAGGCAAGGUUUGGUCUCCGAAGUAAACCCGCACUGGGGCUGGUGUUCACUCACUGAAUAGGAUACACUUUGCAAGGAGAAACGUUGCACAUUCAUCUUUUGUGGAGUUUGUGAGAUUUCCGUCCGGCGUGGAUUGCCCUAGGUCACUGUGUGCUGCUUUUUCCCGCUUGUGAAAAGAAGGCGUUUUCAUGCCACAUCAGGCUUCUCCUCAAAGGAGAACACGUUUGGAGUGCCUUUCAAGCGAUGCAAACUCCCUGCACCAAACCAGUGCACAGAGAGCACCUUGGCUCAUUUGCCGUAUGUAUAGGAGUGGCCUAGGUUGGAAAAAGGCAAGGGUUGCUUUCCCGAGCAAACCCGCACUGGGGCUGGUGUUCGUUCACUGAGACAGGAGCUCCUGAGUGUUACAGCUCUUAAAGUCACCUCUUGACCAGGUCAAAAUGACAACGGUCUUCUACCACCUGGCUUUCUUCAGGAAGUGAUAAAAUAUCCCAACCCAACCAGCUCCUGCCCCAGGCAUCCUGUCAGGCCCUAUUGGCCAGAAUAGGGUAAGAUGCUCUCCACACCCCCAGCCACUCCUAACAAAGAGGAAGGGGAGGACCGGGAUGGAUUUCCUGCAGUCACGAUGCAUUCCCAGGUAGCCCAUUGAUUGCAUCAGGAGACCCGAACAGUUCACAUUUUAUUCAUGAGUAUUACUGUGGUUCCGGGUAGAAGAAAUGGCUGCUGGGAAAAUACCAACAAUGUUUGUAAGGACAGUCACGGACCAAAAGUCCGCAGAGGGUAUGGAUUGUCCUUGGAGCUGAAGAAGUCACGGAAGAUAGGGAGUUCCCAUUGUGGGACAGCAGAAGUGAAUCCGAGCAUCAUCCGUGAGAAUUUGGGUUCGAUCCCUGGCCUCACCAGUGGGUCAGGGAUCCAGUGUUGCUGUGAGCUGUGGAGUAGGUUGCAGAUGCAGCUUGGAUCCUGCAUUGCUGGCCCUGUGGUGUAGGCUGGCUGCUGCAGCUCCUAUUAGAGCUCUGGUCUGGGAAGGUCCAUGUACCACGGCUGUGGCCUAAAAAAACAGUUACAGAAAAUAAAGACAGGGGUGCAGUGGUGCCGGCAGCACAUGGGACUAAAGUCUUCAGUGAUGAGCACAACGACAGAGAAGGGACAAAUGACUGCCCAGGAGGAGUGAUGAGGCUGUGUCUAGGAAGGCCACAACCACCUUACCAGACGGGCGGCCUGCUCCCUCUGUUGCCCUGGACCCUCGGGUGUGAGGACCGAUCCUCUGCUCAGAGUCCAGCCUCCUCUGUCCUCCUUGCUUCAUUCUACCUGCAGCCCACCCAUCUUUCUUUGGAUCUGCCUUUCUUUGAGAAGUUAUCCUCUGUAUUGGCUAUCAGGUGGCAGAACCUGUGGACCCAAAAGGAGCAGUUGCACUGGCAGGGACUAGGUGGACCUCGGGUCGCCAUGGAAAACUCUUGGUGGAGCACAGGCAAGAGUUGGGGCGGGAGGACCUGCACCCCAUAAGAAAUACCCACCAGCUCUCAGAUCCUCGAGGGUUGUAGGAGCACCGAGACAUUCAAGCUGGGAAAUGAAGACUGUGAUAGGGCAGAGCGAGACCCAAGCUUCCCCGGGCAAUGGCAGCGUGAGCUCCUGUCCAACUGCCAAAAGAUGAGAGUUGGCAUCUUACCAGAAGGUUUGGAGGGAUAGGAUGAGAGACGCCUGGCCAUUGGCCGGAAGCGCAUGGCGGGGGAGGGGGUUGCGGAAGCUGCCUCGUGAUUGGCCCGGGCCACGGGGAUGUCACAGGGAGGCAUUGUGACUUGAGGGCAAGGCAGUUAUAAAAGCCCAGUGCUUCCACCGUCUCCCAGACGGAGGAUAUGGCUUUUCAGCUGUUCCUGCUCUUGCUCUUCAAGGCGGUGUCCUCUGCCGCCUUCUCUGCACCUGCACAUGGCAUGCCCCAGGCCCACCUGUCCUGCCCCGGGCCUCUCACCCACACUUGGUGUACCACAUUCCUGUUCGCAUCCAGCUUUGAGCCCCUUUGCGGGCGGAUGAGCCUGCGCACCCGCACCCGGCGCCUCCUCCACCCGCAGCCCUCCUCGGGCCUGGCCCAGCUCCUCAACACUGUGCUCAGGUUCUACAACAGGGGCUUGGACGUCUGGAACCAGAACCAAGCAGACCCCCACGCGGAGGGGAAGCAGCCCUCCCAGCCCUGUUGGCCAAGAGACCUGGACACGUGCCACGCCUCCAACUCCACACUGCACAGAAGGCAGCUGGCCACCCCUCCUCAGACAUCCAUGGACCCCAGAUCCAAGAUCUCCACCUUGGCCCUCCUGCUCCACAAAGGAGAGUCACAGACUCACAGGGCGAGUUCCUGUACCUCCUGCCCACCUCCAUGCAACCUCUCAAAGGGCUCUCCAGCCCAUGUGGGACCACCAGCCUGGGUGAGGCGACUGGUCCAGUUAGGGCCACCAGUCCUGGCAGGGCCAAAAGUCCAGGCAAGGCGACCAGCCCAGGUGGGACCACCAGCCCAGGUGAGGACACCAGCCCAGGAAGGACCAGCAGCCCAGAUGGGACCAGUGGCCCUGGUGAUGCUACCACCACAGGUGGGACCAACAGCCCAUGUGGGGACGUUUCCCCAGGCAGGAGCAACAGCCCAAGUGGGGCCACCAAGCCUUGCGGGACCAAUGGCCCCAAUAGGGACAGCAGCCCAGGUGAUGGGGCCACUAGACCAGGCCACGACUCCAGCUGAUGCCAGGCUACCAGCCCAGGCAGGCCCAGCAUACCAGGUGGGGCCACCACUCCAGGCAAGUCCACCCGCCCAGAUGUGUCCGUCACCCCAGGCGAGGCUACCAACCCAGGUGGGGACACCAGCUCCUCUGGUGCCACCAGCCCAGUCAGGUCCACCAGCCCAGGUGGGGCCAACACCCCAGGCGGGGACACCAGCCCAGGCAGGGACACCAGGAUCGGCGAGGAUACCAGCCCAGGCGGAACCAACAUGCCAGGCCAGGCCAACAGCCCAGACGGGGACACCAGCCAUGACAGAAACCCUGUGGUCACAGCUAGGCUUUGGAAACAUUGAGAGUUUGCUCCUUCUGUUGACUCGCUGUGCUCUGGUGCUGCUCUUUUCCUUCUGGACAUUUAUCUCAUGCAGAGAGAUAAAGGACUACCGUGAGUUCCAACAAGAGCAGCUGGCAGAGCUGGGCAAAGGAUUGAAGAUGAUGGGUAAAGCCCUGGGAGAACUUGAGAAGACACUAAAUGCAGAAAGAGAACAUAAAAAUCAUCUUUCCAAGGAGCUGUCUGAGCUGAAGGCAGAGCUCAGAAUUUCUGAAAAGGAAACAGAGAGAUGGAAAAAGCUGUUUUUUCUAUUGUCCCGGGCACAACACCUUUUGAAGGCCUUCCCGGAAGAUGCAAAGGGGCACUGUGUGCAGGUGGAGCAGGGCCCUUAGAGGCAGGCCCAGGCCUGGGAGCUGGAGAGUUUCUUCCUCCCUGUGCACGCCCCCUAGAGGGGGAGAAGAGGGGUGGGGAGGGAGGGCAAAGCGGAGGCUAGGGUAGGGGUGCUGGGACAGAGACGUGGCCUGAAUUUCAUGAUGUAUGUAUAUUUUGAAUAAAUAAUUGAAUGUUGGAAGGCAAA